UGAGAGCGGCUGUGAAUGGAGUAGCAGCGGUGGGUCGAGCUCAGCUGGCUGUGCCGGGUAGUGCGCGGGCGCGAAUAGGGCGCGAAUGGGAGUGCGUGCAGGAGGGUGGUGAGAACACACGUUGAGCGUGGUGAACCACUACUGGCACUUAUAUUCUGUGUAAUUUUUCGUCGCUGCUUGCGGUGUUAAAGCACACUUGCAUGUAUUUUUAAAGCUAGUGACAACACUAAAUUUGAAAUAAACAAUGGUUCGCGUGAAAAUUGAUUUGAAUCUUCUGCCCAUGAAGGCGCAGUUCUUUCUAUGGAACGCUGAUAUACCCACCGAAGAAAUAAAAAGGAAACUUCAUACUUUGCGUGCUCAAUACUCCAAGGAGACCGGGAAGAUACGAAAAAUGGAACAUAGCAGUGGUAGAACAUACUCGUCCAAAUGGGAGCACUAUGACCAAUUGAGAUUUAUGUUCUCCCAUUCAGAGGAGUGGUCAACGCCAGAUCAGAGGGUUGCAGAGUAUAACAGUCAAAGUAUUGAUGCGGAAGACGUGAAACCUGCAAUGGAACUCACUACUAAUGUAAUAGAAGUAGAGAGUUAUCCUUCAACAUCGUACAGCAACUUACAAGACAGUCAGACAUCGUUAGCAGCGUCGUCUCCCAUUUCUUCACCUGCGCCUCCAUAUUUAACAAGUGUCAUGAAGACAAAAAGAAAAAGAAUUGAUGAGUUAGAAAAUUUCCAUACAACGUGCUGGGAAAUUCUUUCAGAAAAGAAAAACAAAGAUGAAUUUUCAAUAUUUGGAGAAUUUGUGGCUAGUGAAAUGCGACAAAUGAGUGACCGAUCUGAUCUUGUAUUUAGACUGAAACACAAAAUUCAGAAAGUAAUUCUAGAAAUAAGUGAGGAAUAUGCAUUAAGUGUAUUUGGUAAUCAAAGAACAGCUCCAGUUGUACCAUUCUUGCCAACAUAUGCUCGACAAUUGGGAUUUUCAAGUGUUAUUGUUGGGACAGUGUAUACAAUACUCCCCAUCACUGGGAUGCUUGCCAAACCACUGUUUGGCGCUUUAGCUGAUAGAUAUCAGUGUCAGAAACUCCUCUUCAUUGUGUUUCAAGUCGUGACAGCAAUUACAUUUUUUGGAAUUCAAUUUAUACCGGAGAUACCACUAGAGACGCCUUUGCAAUUAAGUUGUGAUAAAGGUUUUUUGUGGUUGAAGUCCUGUGUCAACAGAACUUUGGAUGAUUGUUCAAAGUCAGGUGUUUUGAAUUGCCAGGUUGACUGUAAAAAUGUUCACUGGAAUAAUGCAGACUUGCAUUACGAUGAAUUAAGUAUGCUGACUAAUAUAUCACUGAACCACACUCUGUUUUUUGCUUCAUGCAAUUUUUUCAAAAUGAGUGAUACAACAAUUUUACCACAUAACGAUUAUGUACCAUAUUGUACAAAUCAUUCAUCAUCAUUAUGCUCAAUGGAUUGUAAAAAUCCUGCUAUAAGAGAUGUGACUACUGAGCCUGUACCUGAUUCACAAGUGCCUUCUCUUUAUCAAUUCUGGCUGUUUGUCCUACUCAUGAUACUAAGCUGGGUUGGAAUGGCUGUUGUUGUAAGCAUUGGCGAUGCCAUCUGCUUUGGGAUGUUAGGAGACAAACAUUCCAGAUAUGGACAUCAGAGACUGUGGGGUGCUGUGGGGUGGGGUGUAUUUUCAGUGAUUUCUGGUCUCUUAGUAGAUGAAUUCAGUCAAGGGAAAAGCCAGAAAGAUUACACUGCUGUGUUCUUCCUCAUGGCAAUAAUGUUAUUUCUUGAUGUAUUGGUUUCUACUAGGCUGAAGUAUAGCCAGACCAAACUUUCUGCUAGUAUCUUCAGAGAUGUGGGGAGAAUUGUUGGAGAACCACGAAUUGUGGUUUUUAUCAUUUGGAUUAUUACCGUGGGCCUUUGUACGGGGCUUGUAUGGCAGUUUCUUUUUUGGCAUUUGGAAGAUCUUGCCAAGAAUUAUGGAUGUGGUACUUCAGAUUGGAUUAAGACACUUGAAGGUCUAGUGAUGGGUAUUCAGUGCUUUGGUGGAGAAUUGCCAUUUUUCUUUUUGUCAGGGCGUAUUUUAAAGAAAAUUGGACACAUUCAUACAAUGACGCUCGUCUUAUUGGGUAUUGCUCUCCGUUUUAUUUUAUACUCGCAGCUCACAAAUCCAUGGUGGUGCUUGCCCAUAGAGCUAUUUCAGGGAAUAACAUUUGGCAUAUUUUAUGCCACGAUGGCUUCCUUUGCAAGCAUAGUUGCUCCUCCAGGAACUGAAGCUACAGUGCAAGGCCUUGUAGGAGCUCUCUUUGAAGGAGUUGGUGUCUCUUUGGGGAGUUUACUUGGAGGAGUUCUAUUUGAUUCAUAUGGAGGCCAUACUACCUUCUUGGUGUAUGGACUUGGAUCACUAGUCAUGUUUGUACUUCAUAUAAUUGUGCAGUAUUAUCUAUCAUCAAAGAAUAGUAACAUUUCAAAAGCUUCUGCCUUUACCACUGAGGAGCUUGAGAAUGAUGUUAUUGGUGGUGGUGGUGGUGGUGGUGGUGGUGGUGGUGGUGUUGGAGGUCACGGUGUUGAUGGUGGUGAUUUGGGUGUUGGUUGUGAUGGUGAUAUUAUGAAUUCGAUUCACCAGCUCAUUAUACUGCCCCUCACGAAGCAAUCCAAAUCCUUGAAAAUGAUGAACCAACAAUGGGGUCUUAGUUUUAUUCAGUUUUGUUUUUACAUCAGUCAUAUUGUAAUUUUGAAUGUUCAUUCAUGCACACACUUCACAAUUAUUUUUGUGUAUUUUGUAACUGUAUUAUUGCAAAAUCCUGUUCUCCAUAUUUCUUUUUCCUCACAUUACCAUUCAUAUGUUUUUAUAAGAUAA